UGUAUAGACAUACUAUAUAUGUGCGCACACAAACAAACGGUCUCAUACUCUUCUGGAAAUUCUUUUAAGACAGCUACGCAGUCUCUAUAUAUUUUUUACUACAGUAUACAGUACCGAUAUAUCGGAGAAAGCGCCCACACUCUUUUACACACAGAUAGAGAUAUGGCUUCCUCCAGCAGUCUCCUAACUGAAGAGCAGUUCCUGUGCUCUAUCUGUCUGGAUGUGUUCACUGAGCCAGUCACCACUUCAUGUGGACACAACUUCUGCAAGGCCUGUAUCACAAAGUACUGGGAUAGCAAGGACCUGUGCCAAUGUCCACUGUGUCAGGAGAAGUUCUACAGACGACCUAAGCUUCGUGUCAACACAACUUUCAGAAAGGUUGUAGAGACAUUUAAAAACAGGAGAGAUAAAGAUAGAGAUGGGCCCCCUCCCAAACCUGGAAAAGUGGCCUGUGACGUCUGCACUGGGACGAAGCGCAAGGCCCUGAAGUCCUGCCUGGUGUGUCAGACCUCUUACUGUGAGACUCACCUGGAGCCUCAUCAGAUAGCCCCACCCUUAAAGAAACACAAACUGAUCAACCCUGUGGAGAACCUGGAAGACAGGAUGUGUAAGAAGCAUGACAGACUCCUGGAGUUGUUCUGUAGGACUGACCAGACAUGUGUGUGUCAGUUCUGCACUGAGGGAGAACACAAGACUCAUGACACUGUCCCUAUAGAGGAAGAGUGUGGAGAGAGGAAGGCUCAGCUGGGGAAAACUGAGGCAAAAGUGCAGCUGAUUAUCCAGGAGCGACUGAAGAAGCUUAAAAAGAGCAGACUCUCAGUAAAUCGCAGCAAGAGAGAUGCAAAGAGAGAGAUAGCAAACAGUGUACAAGUCUUUAAUGCUCUGGUGCGCUACAUUAAGAAAAGCCAGGCUGAGCUGAUUGAGGUGAUUGAGGAGAAGCAGAAAGCAGUAGAGAGGCAGGCUGAAGGGUUCAUUAAAGAACUGGAUCAGGAAAUCACUGAGCUAAAGAGGAGAAGCACUGAUCUGAAGCAGCUCUCACACACUGAGGACCACCUCCAACUUCUCCAGAGCUUCCUAUCCCUAGAAUACAAACCUCCACCAACCAAGAACUGGUCUGAGAUCAGUGUUCACAGUGAUCUGUGUGUGGAGACUGCGAGGAGAGCUGUGUCUCAGCUGGAGGAGAUACUGAAUAAAGAGAUGGAGAAGCUGCCUGAAGUCAAACUGAAGAGGAUUCAGCAGUAUGCUGUGGAUGUGACUCUGGACCCUGAUACAGCAUGUUCCAUUCUCAUCCUGUCUGAAGAUGGGAAACAAGUAAGAACUGUAGCCAUACCACAGAAUCGUCCUGACAAUUCAAAAAGGUUUGAAGUUCAUCGAUUUGUCCUUGGAAAGGAUGGCUUCUCCUCAGGAAGAUUUUACUAUGAGGUGAUUGUUAAGGGGAAGGCUAGAUGGAAUUUAGGAGUGGCCAGAGAGUCCAUAGACAGGAAGAGGAAUAUCACACUGAGUCCUGAGGAUGGACUCUGGACUGUGACCCGAAGGGAUGAGAAUGUUAACUGGAUCUCCCCCCCUUUCAUCCUCUCCUUGAGAAAGAAGCAACAGAAGGUGGGGGUGUUUGUGGACUAUGAGGAGGGUCUGGUCUCCUUUUACAAUGUGGAGGCCAAGUCUCAUAUCUACUCUUACACUGGCUGCACCUUUACAGAGAAACUCUUUCCAUUCUUCGGCCCAUCUGAUAAUGAUGAUGGUCAAAACUCAGCCCCUCUCAUCAUCGCUCCUGUCAAUCAUACAUACUGAUUAAACAAUGCAGAGGGAGCAGUUAAUUAACUAAUUACAUUCACAAAUCAUUAAAUAUAUUUAGUCAGCUUACAUGACAUGUGAUUAGAAUUUCCAUGGAUGUCCUCUGAAAUCUCAUAACGAAUUUAAAAUUGAAACUUCUUUACUCUUUAAGAACAGAUUGAAUAUUACUGGGGGAGGGGGUGCCACAAAAUAGGGGAGGGUUGUCCAACCUUUAUUUUCUUUGGGUAGGGCACAGGGGAGGGUAGUGCAUUUUGUCCCUGGUUUACAUUCGCCAUUUUUCUCAUAUUUUCUCUAAAUACACAAUGUCUUGACUUACUUUUGAUAUUACCCUAAUUAAGUUUAGAAACAUUUGGGGAAGGUUUGGUAUGGUGUGGCUAUUAAGCUUUAGCUACUGCAGGCCAAUGAUAUGAACGCAGUGCACCCCUGUCACGUUGUAUAAAUGAUUGGAGACAGGCGCAGGAAUACGUAAUAGGGCUUUUUAAUACUGCACCCAAAAUUACAACAUGCCUUUAAAAGGCACGGGGACGAAGCCCAAAACACACACUUAUACAAAACACAGGGAUGUAACCCAAACAAUAGACCGAGGUUAAACCUCUAAUAAAUACACAGGACGAGACCCGUUAUACACUACACGGGACGAGACCUGAAAUAACAAGUGCAUCUUACACGCAGCAUGAAAGCCGAAACAUUAAAGCAUAGGUACUCACAAGACCAACGGACAUGGGAACAUUAAUCGACCAAGACAAUGGAGAACAGAGGGCACAUAUAAACAAUCACUAAUCAGGGGGAAUGGGAACCAGGUGUGCCUAAUGAGACAGUUCAGUGAAGCCUAGAGACUGGCAACGUAGACCUCCGGAACUGGUGCACAGAAUGAGCAGCAGCACCAGGGGGACCCGUGACAGCCCCGGCGCUCCAACUGACUUCAACUGUUGAACUUGAGGUGAGGAGGACUGAUUCAGGCCUACCAGAGUUACUCCUUUAUCUAUCAAUAUAAUGUUUAUCUUUAUGCAAAAUAUUUGGAUGUAGCAAAAUUCCUCAAAUGUCCGGUAAAUUUAAAUCUUUCCUGUCAUGUAGUCCGGCGUCAAGUUUUCCUAAAGGAAACUCUGAUUUUGCAUAUUGUUUUUAUGAAGAUUUUAGAAUAUUCACAUGAAAAUCUGUGGCUAAUUGGAUGGAAACCUAGCUAUAGACACCCUAAAGACUAGUCCAUUGUCAGUUUAAUUAUGCCUGCACAUCAUGACUGGCCUGUUCAGGUCAAGUUACCAUGGAUCACAGUCCUACAGAGACACCCCGCACUCCCGCAGAGGGGGAGAGGUAGAAAGGGAUUGAUGGGGGAGAGGGGGGGGUUAUGACACCUCAAGCCAUUGUAAAUCUUAAGGCAGCAGACGAAUCCUUUGUCCUGUCAGUGGAGGAUUGGAAUGUAUGGUGGGCCGAUGGAGAAUCUACCUCAGAACUGUAGCAUGCAAUAAAUGGACUUUGGUACAUAUUUUAUCAGCCGAAAUGGUGGUAACAAUGAUAGAUGAAAUUUGAAAAUGAAUGUCGUUUUUGUUAUGUUAAUAAUAGUUAAAUGACAACGUUAUAACGGAAAAAUUGUAACUUGAAGAGUUUUCAUAUAUGGAAAUGAUGUUGCCAUACUGUGCGUUGUGUAGAAAAUAUCCAGAUCAAGGAGAAUAUUUUUGUAUCAAUUAACUAUUAUUUUAGUUGUCUAACGAGAGCAUAGUACAUUGUGAUACCUUGCCUCGUAACUAGAUAUGCCCCAGAGAACUUGUCAUAAAGACAGAGAUGCCCCUUUGUGACCCGGGGGUAUGAAACAUAUGAGUUAAGAAUUUACAUACCAGACUAAAACGGACCACAGCUGCAGCUUGAUUUAAGAUAGUCAUAACCCCACAAACGCAAGAGGACAAAGGACCUCUUAACAAUCAAGGCUACGGUUGAUUACUGUAUCUACGAAAGGGGAAUUCAAGAAGAUCCAGCUAGUUUUUCUCUUCAAAUCAUCGGUUGUCUACACGGCCCUUCUACCCAAGCUGGGAGCGACGACACGGCUGAUUAUCCUCCUAGGAAGUCCACUCACACAGAACGAGUGCAAGGAAACAGACCACUAAGAGGAAGUACACUGACAUCAUGUGGACAAUCAGAGUCUUACACCUGGUAACGAAGGAGACGCCUCCAUCGGAGAAGGCCUCGUCGAAUCGCCCAGUAAGCAGAACUCGGUCCACGAAGAGAUACUUAACGGAGACCUUCAACAAGUAAUUACAUCAUUAUAAUUCUGACCCAUAAGAGCGGCAGUUCGGGGCAAGGUGUCAGGGCUAAACUAAGCAUAGUUUACAAAUGUAUCCAAGUGUGCUUUUCUCUGGUGCACUCUCUCUCUCUCUCUCGCUCUCUCUUUCUAAAUCCCCAUCUUGUGUAACACAUGUCAUAUUGUGUUGGUCCGCUAGGGACCUAUUUCAUUGUAUUAAGUUCUAGUCAAUAGCCUGGACUGUAUGUUUGUGUAUGUGUAUCUUAUAUUAUUAUUUAGCUUGUUAGUAAAUAAAUAAUCAUUUAGUGAGACCCGGGUUUGUGCAGAUUUAAGAAUUAUGCAACGCUCAGAAUGAGACUUAAGAGGAAAUUAAUUAAUUGCUGACUGCUGUGAAAUCGUUACUCUGAUAUUCGUUGAGUUAAUUUGGGAAACGUUAACUCAUUAAACAAACUUUUCUCAUGGUG